CAUCCCGUCAUUUAAAUCAAAACGAAAAGUCGUUUAUACGAUUAUACGAGCACAAGGAAUAACAGGUAAAACUUGCCGAAAUCAUGAAUCAUCUAAAUUCUGGUCUACUUUCAACAUACAACAGUCUAACAGACAAACAUUUAGCUGGAUACUUUAAUAACACAAGAAUAAGAAGACAUCUCCAGAGGGCUGGAUUGAUAACAAGAAGUGGGAGGAUUGUUCCUGACAAAGAGUACAGGCUCAAGAUGAUUCACCAGGAUCAUCAGAGACACAUGAGAGAAUGUCUAGCCCAUGCAGUCUUCCAAAAGGUCAUUGACAUGGAGCGCCACCACCAGGUAGAAAUCAAAAGAAAACUGGAGGAUUUUGCACAGAGGGAACGGUUACAUAAAAUCAAGGUAGAACAAACCAAACGAUACAAUGAAGAUAUUGUCCCAUCACUGUCUCAAAGGCCACCCACAGGCCCUAGGAAUGGCUACAAACAGCAUUCUGGACCAGGGCCAGAGCCAUCUGAGUACUCUGAAUCUCCAACUGCUUCGCGGCCUAACACAGCGCCAGGGAAGAUGCAGAGACCCCUUCGGCUCCAGCCCAUCCACAGCAACAGUACCACUGCUUCUAUCCAGAGGGCAUUCCCCAGACACAGGCACAGAGACUCCUCAGAUGACACAGAACAGCAAUUCACUUGCACUCUGGACAAAGACACCAUGAGGACUUUGACAAUUACUGAGUUCUCCAGUGGAAUAUACCCCUACCGCCUCCCAGUCAUCAACAACUACGUUACCCCAGCUCCCCCUACAGUAAAGAGGAGUUUUAAAGGCACUACAAAUAGAGUGAUAAGGGGCAGAAGGUUGCGGCCCACUACAGCUCCCAGUGUUCCUGCCCUAGUACAGCAGGACUUUAAAUUCCAGAAGACAUUAUUGCGCAGCAAUGUGUUAGUUACCAUGGUAUUCUAUGGGAGGACAAUCCACCUGUCUCAUGAUGAUAUGGAUAUGAGGCAUGAGGUGAAAGUCUUCCAGCAGCACUGUGGAGGGGAGAACCUCUGUGUUUACAAAGGGAAGCUGAUGGCAGGAGAGGCCUUCCAGUUUGUCUCCAGGCGGCACCAUGGUUUCCCUUUCAGCCUCAACUUCUUCCUGAACGACUUGCAGGUGGACCGGAUGAGCUCCUGCUGUGAGUUCAAGCACCGCAAGGGGUCUCGACUAGGUGGAAAACAUGGUCACUUUGGCUUCUCCAGUAUGGGCGGAGCUUCACCCUGCUACAAAUGUAUUAUAGCCAUGGGAUUGGAUAAGAAGCCCACCCCACCUCCAAAAAGAAUAAAGGAGGACAUAGGUACCUAUACUUCUUGGACCCAACAAAUGGCCAGUGAGGCCAAACAGGUGGAGGGAGAAGACAAUAAACCAGACAGUCACUCCCAUAUAGAGCCAGAGCCUGUAAAUAAGCAGGCUGAGGAUCACACUGUGGAAAGAGAGGCUAAGAACAACAUAGCCAAGGUGGAGGAGGACAAAGCCAAAUAUGACUAUGAGGAAGACUUUGAAGCUGAUUACAAGACAAUGGAUGAAACCAUGGAAGAAGCCAAAGUAGUGAAUGGGAUGGUUCGUUCCUCAUCCAAUAAUGGGAGGUAUUCCCAAACCAAAAAUAAAGAGGAUGGGGAGAGAGACAUACGUGAGAGUGAGGUUGAUGGAAAAGGCACAUAUUCUGACAUCGAUUUUGAAGAGGAUGACAAGACUGACAGCAGCAAGGAGGAUUCUGAGGGUGACGCAGAAGAAGUGAAAGAAAACAUGAAAGAAGAAAAGGCAGCAGAGGAUACGACAGGGCAGACAGAAGGGGUGGAAGGCACCUCACUGCCUCUAACUGAAAAAGACCAACAGAGUUUUGAAGAGCAAAGUGAAGCAGGGGAUGAUAGUAAUAUAGAGACCAGUUCCCCAGCACCCCCUCAGACAAUAAUGACAGCAGAGGGUGGCGCCGAGACACAUGAAAGCCCUGGCGGUAGCACAGAGAAGACUGAACUUGAACUGUUGGACAGCAGUAAGCAACCUGAGAAGAGGACAGACAAGCGUACUAUUUGUGCCGCAGUAGAUAAAUGUGGCAACGCAGCUAAGACAGAGGAGGAGCUUUCCAGCGUCACAAAGCCUGAGAGGGGGAGUUGGCUGGAGUUAAUUUUCCAUUUGCUUCACAUCUCUGUGUUCUCUCUAUGUCUAACCAAAGCCAAGUCUAUGCAGGAGAAGCUAGUUGAGGCCAUUUUGAAAGGGUGCCAGUGCAGUUCAGAGCCAGAAUUCAGUGAUACCAGCACUGAAGAAGUAGAAGAGUUCUCCAAAGAAACCAAAACCAUGGAGGAGAAUAAAACCGGUGUUGAAAGAGAGGAUGCCGAUAUCUCUUCAUUGCAGCCGCCAGCUAACACAGAGGAAUGUAGUGUUGAAACCAAAAUCAUUUCUGUGGACAAGGCAGCAGGAGAGCACCCAGCCACGAACAAGGGAGAAGUCUGUGCGAGUGAGAAAGAGCAGGAGGUGGGAGGUAAACCAGAAUCAGGCCUGGAUCCUGGUCUACCCACUGAAGAUAGUGUCAAAAUGAGUGAGCCUCAGACAAACCAGAAAAUGUAUAUAGUUGAAGUUGGAGUGAAAGCUGACGCAAAUGAAAUAGAUAGUCAAGAGAAGGACAUGAAAACAGGGGAAAAGUUGGAAGCUGGGGAGGCACAGUCACAAAAAUCAGUGACGGAUGCCCGGGUAGACAAACAGGUGAAAGCAGAGGAAAACAAUGCUGACAGAAGUGAACCUGAGGCUGAGGAGACUGAUUCUAAAGCAGAUCAGAGCAUAAGAGUGGUUAAAGCACAUAGCAGUACUGUAGCGAAGGAAACAUUUACCACUGAGGAGUCAGCUGUGGCUGAAAUUAAGAAGCAGGAUGCUGAGGGCAAGGAGGAAGAGACUGAAAGGAAGGUCAAAGUGACUAAAAGACAGGCAGAGAAAAUUACUGCUAAUAUCACUAAAAAUAUUGCAGAGAGACAGGAUACAGGGGAGGAACAACUUAAGACACGGGAAGGUCUGACUGAAAAGUCAGAGGAUGAACUCGAAGGACAGAAUGACAAAACCAUUGACACAAAUGAAAAAGCAGCAGACAAUAACACUUUAACCACAGCAGAGGGUACAAAAGAUAAGGGAAAUGGAGAGAAAGAAUUGGAGACUGAGGGCAAAGAAGCACAUGCUGAAGAAGAAAAAGGAAAGGCUCAAGGAGAAAUAGCUAAUGUCAAGAUGAAAAAGAACACAGAUGAAAACAAUGAUAUAGCCAUCAAUGCAUUUCAGAAAAAUAAAAUGGAAAGAAAGAAUUGUGAAGCACAAGCAGAAGAAAUGAAUGAAUUCACAGGGGCUAAGGAUAAAACCAAGGCAAAAAGCCAAGUGGUGUCAAAAGAUGUAGAAAAUGAAACAGAGAGCAAGAGUAGAGUGGAAAUAAAGCAAGAGGACAUAGAAAUAUGCCACAAAACUGAAAUAAAAUUAGAGGAGAAUGAUGAAACAGACAAAGAUGCUGAGAAUGGCCUUAAUGAAUGGGAAGAAAUAACUGAAAUGAAGAGUGAAGAAAAAGACGAGAAUAAGGUUGAAACUGUGCGACCAGCGGGAGAUGUAGAUUCCAAGGUUCAAGAAGUAGAGCUUAACUCCGAAAAACAGGAAGUCAAGCUUGACAAUAUUGUUGGGGUAAAAGAGGAAAAUGGUACAAAAGAAAAUAUAAUGGUAUAUGGGGAAUCUGGGGUUGAUGGGGAAUCCAGUGUUAGUGAUGAAGACAAGCAUGUCAACAGAGUUGUUGAGGAAACAGAGGCAAAGUGUGAAGUGAUGGAAGAAAAUCAACAGACUGCAUUCAUUACAGGAGUGGGAGAAUCCACAUUUGAAGAGGCCAACAGACAAGCUAGAGUUGAGCUUGAGAAAGGAGAGAAAGAAGCAUGUAUUUUUGAGAUAUGUUCCAAAGAAGACAAAAAUGAAGAGCAAGCUGUGACUGAAGGAGAAGGGAGUAAAUCUAACCCAUUAGAGCUGGAGUUAGAUGUAAUUUCAACUACAGCCCUGGAAACCAAGACUUUGGCAGAGGAAUUGAGGGUUGAGACUGAGCAAAGCAUUCCUGUGGAGAGGGAUGGCAAAAGAGAUUAUUUUGAUCAUAAAGACAAUGUAGUGAAUCCUACAAGAGCAGGAAAGGAAUGUAAGAUACAGAAAAGUGAGGUUCUCAAAGAGCAAAAACAGGAAGAGGAUAAUACACUAUCAAUGAAUGAAGAAAAAGUUACUGAAAUUAAAAUGCAAAAGUCAAGGAGCAGUAUAGAGGACAAGGAUGAUGCAGGGGGAAAAGCUAACAAGGGAGAAAUUGAUAUUGUUGCAGAGGCUAAAUUGCCUUUAAUACUUUGUGUGGAUUAUAGAAAAGACCCUGGAGCUACAGAUGUUGUGGUUGUAGAAGAUGCAGAGAAAAUGUCAAAUCUUUUACCAAAAGGACAGUCCCGGGAUCAAAACUCAACAGCAAGUAAUUCUAGUCUUAACAUAGCACCCAGCACAGAAAUAGACAGAGUAGAUGAAAAUGUAACCAUGGUUGAGGACUCUCAGAAUGAUGAAGUAAAAACGGAACAGUCAUCAGAAUGUCCCUUUGACUGCACAAAGGAAAUAGCUAAUACCAGCAAGGUUGACAGUGAUAAGGUUGUACACAUAUCUAUUGAAGGAGGUGAUAAUGGUGUUGAACAUGUUGUUAAAGAGAAUGGAAAGUCGUCUCAAAAAAAAAUAAAACUUGAUGAUCCUGGAGGGGUGGCAGAUGCUAUUACAACUUCUAAGUCACCAGAACUUCAGCUAGCAGAGCAAGUGGUGGAUCUCGAGCACGAGAGAGAUGUGUCUCUGGGGGAAGCAGGAACCUCUGAGCCAAAGAUGAAGUCUGAAGCUGAGGAAGAUGUAGUUACUCCAGAAGCUAUGAUGAAAGUGGACAGUAGAGAUCUUGUGAGUACCUGGAUCAGUAAACAUCAAGCCUUAAGAUGCUUUCAAACAUUCACAGAGACAUUAGACCUUAAUAACUUGUCUGUGUAUGAAAGACGACAGCCUAGUGAUGAUGUAAGAGGAACAAUGUAUGUAACAAAAUUGUCUGAUUCUGAUCCAGAGAAGAUUUCAGAGGCAACUGAAAAAAACACUGAUGCCAACACCACUGUCCUGGUUCAGGAUGUACAUUUCCAAGGCAAAGCUGACUGUCAUACAGGAAAUUCAAAAGUUGACCUUGAAGCAAGGGCCGCAUUUGAGUCUGACAGCAAGUUGGAAAAUAUAAAUAUGGAAGGGGAUCACUGGAGGUCUGUUUCAGGACAAGAAAAUAUAGAAGAGAUGCUUACAAAGAGCAACAUCUCCAAAGAUAAUGUACUCACAGGAUAUGAGCCCUUUGAAAAAUUAUCACAAGAAAAGCAAGCACAAUUUCCAAUAAUAAAAACAGAGGAAAAAAUUUAGUUUAGAACAUUUAAUGUCCCUUUGCAAACCUGAGGAUAGUGACAAAAAUCAAGGAAACUCUUAGGAUUGCCAACAAAGAGUCAGAAGUGAAUGCGAAGGAACAAAUCACAACUGAAGAAAUACCGGAUUUACCAACCAUUACAAGUACCAAGGACAGAGAGAAAGAAGGUACAGAAUGGUCCCUGUCCCACUCCAAACCAGUGGGCAGUGACAGAAAUUUAACAGAAGCUGGAAAAAUCAAAGAAAUGUCAGGGGUGAAUGAGGAACAAGGCACUGUAGUUGAAGAAAUAGCACAUCUGACAUCCAUUACAUAGACUAAGGACAAAAACAAGGAGGAUUAGAAAAGUCCAGUGCCCUAUAUAGUGGAAUAUAGUGGAAAGUAGCAGAAAUUCAAAAGGAUCUGAGGAUUUCAAAGAUGACAUAAAAGUUAAUGAAGAACAAAUCGUGGCUUUUGAAGACAUGCAAGUUUUGACCAACAUAACCAAAGCUGAGGAAAAAAAACUGAAAAUACACUGAAAUUCCACAGUCACAUUCUAAUUAAAGGGAUAGUAGCAGGAAUUCACUCAGCAAAACACUCAGGACGCUAUUCCAAACCUGAUAAGAGUAACAUAAAUCAGAUU